GGUGCAGGUGGAGUGUCCACCCCCGUAGCAACAGCACCACACCUCCCAUAUCCCCUCUCACCGUCGCCUUCCCUUCUUCACACCUCUUUUUUUUUUUUCCUUGGGUUCCCCUUUGUUCUCUCUAUUCGAUUUCUUUGCCAAGCGAUUGGCUAAUUCAGCGCAUCACUGGUCGUAAUCUUAGUCCAGCUAGUGAAUUUACAGGACACCACUCGUGGAAUCUCUGUUUUCUUGGGAGGUUGGGUUUGCACGCCAGUUAUUCGACGUAUAUCCUCUGCAGAGUCGUCGACACCAUUCGGAGUUGCUCCGACGUCUCUAAUGGCAUGUGCUUCAAAUUCUUUCGCCACUGGUCUUGUCAGCUAUGGAUUAUAUGCAGAGACAAGGGUUAUCUUUCCGAGCUAUAGGAACUUCCCACGGAAAUCCAAGUAUCUCAGAAUCCGUGCAGUGCAGGGAAAUGAUGGGCGUCGAAGGCUAGUUGACAUCAUCCGAAUCAUUCCAGAACUCUCAAAGGACUAUUUUAGAAGCCGAUCGAGAAGAGCUCUUUUUGGUGGCAUCUCGUUGCUAGGUGGAUUUUAUGUUGCACAGACAAUAUCUCUGUCUUUCGGUGCACUAGCUGUGAAUGAUGUUAUCGCUGCAGUUGUUUGCGUCCUGCUGACUGAGUAUGUGACAAAGUUCUAUUACAGCCGGCCUAAGGUUACCUUCCCUAUAGCACUCCUCAACAAUUUCAAGAUGGGUUUCACAUAUGGCCUCUUUAUUGAUGCCUUCAAGCUUGCCAGCUGAGCUGCAUUACCUCCUGCUUGGCUGCUUCUUCAUACACUCUUGAACACCGCAAACUUGGCGGUGGUUAUAUGGCAUACCGUAUGGUUUUAUUGCAGGGAUCUAUAACUUUCUUCCUUGGCCCCAUUCUCCUAUGUGAAGAUUGGCCCAUUGCUGGUAUAGUCUCGGAAUUGCUGGAUCAGAGGAUACAUAUUUCUUUUUUGACCUUCAGUUUACAUAGAAAUCAUCUGUGCUGUGCAAAUAUGGGUAGUUCAAUCUAAUCUAAUUCUGAACCGAGUGGCAGUGAAGUUGCUAUUGGAUCACUGACUGUUGAUUCAGUUGCACAAAUUUGUGAAGUACUUCAGUAGCAUCAGUGUGUCUUGACUGCUCAGCAGCAAUAUGACAAGCAUGAGAAGUUUCAAUGACGCUGUAUACAAACAUCUUUGUUCUGUGCACAACUUUUGGUGGUUGUGAACACUGAUUUGAUGCUUUAGGAUAAAUAAGGAUUAUUAGCUUGUGUAAGCCCAUAAUCCCAUUGUAAUGCAUGCGGUGAUGUAAUGUUGCAAUGUACUCCCACUGGAAUCUACAGAUUUGCUUGGCUGUACUUGCUACUUUGUUUGUUGCUUAUAUAGUUAUGUGAUUAAUAACUGACGAGGGGUAAUAUAUCGCACAUGUUCAUAUA